AAGCCGGAUCGAAGAAUAAGUGGGCAGGGAGGAGGCGAGGAGAGGAGCAGCAGGAGAAGAAGAAGAAGAAGGAGGAGGAGGGAGAGUCCACAUAGCAAAAACUCUGCUGGAGCACAACUAGCUAAAUCUGACACUAACUGCCAGCCAUGUAGUCCGACCGGCCGGCCUGCUCCACGAACCGAACCAAACACGAACCGGAUAUUUCAAGACGUUUUUUUUGUUUUGUUUUGUUUUCCACACAAUGGCGCUCACUGACCGGGAUAUUUCCACUCGUCGGCUCUGUUGAACGUUUGUGACCCCAUCCAGCAGCAGCAGCAGCAGCAACAACAAACAUCUGGCUAACAAGCUAAGAAGCGGUUAGCAUUAGCAACUGGGCAACUGUCACCCCGGAAGGCCGCCGCAGCUGCAGCUGCCGGACCGGGUGGGGAUUUAACUUUCUCCGUCCGUGUCUGGACCGAACCAACACAAAGUCCACACUCAAUGAUAAAACGCUGUUUAUCCUACAUCGGUAAGAAUGUCCUCCUUGGGGAUAUGCGACGAGGAGUGCUUGGCAACUGUAAGAGCUCAGGAGCUGAGGGCUGGCCAGAAGGAGCCCAGACUACUGUCACUAAUUGAGCGAGGUGGAGAGUUUGUACUGGGUGUUUUGGCCACGCCUGAUGUAGUUGUGGCUCGUCCAGUGGCUCAGCUGUCCAUACCUAUCAACGGAAAUUUUGAAGUUGUGCGAGAGGCCGAAGAGGCUCUUCUUAUCAACUUUUCAGUAGAUUCUCGUGUUAGAUUACGAAUCAAAGGAGAUAAAUCCCCUGAGCUGCUGUUGGAACUCCAGGAUGAUGACCGGACUCAGACUUUCCUCACUCAGGUGAAGAGUGCUCAGCAACAAGCUCAAUCCAGACACACGACACAAAAAGCGAUGGAGCCCAUUACACCGACAGCCCUGAGAGGACCAGUCCCCAUCCCGCCGCAAAGAGCAAACAAGACUGCUAACUCUGUGGGCUCUGGAGGCAACCCACCCAAAUCUGCCAGUGCACUGCCUCUCAACCUCAACAAUAGCAUGUCAUCAAAUCAGACUAACAGAGAUCCAGCUCAGUCACUUGUCUCAGACUUUGGCUUUGAAGACAACUUCAACCAUGCUCUCAAAGUGGAGGAAAAGAAGAACCAUCAGAAUCGGAUCGUGGCCUCUAGGGAGCCUCCUCCUGUUCCUCCUCUACCUCCUCGCAAAGCCUCCUACACUCCAUCAAACCCUCUGCCUCCUCCACCAGUCCCUAAAGACAGAGCUCUCUCCCUACAGGCCAAAGACGGCUCCAAACCAGAUAGUUACAGGUCAGGUUUUGACCGUGUGGACAGACAGAUGUCUUGGAGCGACAGUCCCACCAGCAACAGCAUGAGGCAGGCUAUGUUCUCCAGCCAGGCAAGUCAGAGAGAAUACCUGAUCAAACACCGCCUGGGUAAGAAGGAGAGCGAGUAUGUGGACAUCCAAACCUUCAAGAUUUUCACAGGAACAUGGAACGUGAAUGGCCAGUCUCCAGACAGCACCCUCGAGCCGUGGCUCUGCUGUGACGCAGAACCUCCUGACAUGUACGCUCUGGGUUUUCAAGAACUGGACCUGAGCACUGAAGCUUUCUUCUACAUGGACUCGUCUAAGGAGCAGCUGUGGGUGGAAGCUGUCGAGAGGAGCCUGCACCCAAAAGCCAAGUACAAGAGGAUUCGGAUCAUACGACUAGUUGGGAUGAUGCUCGUGGUCUUUGUCAAAAAGACACUCAAGAGUCACAUAAAAGAAAUAGCCGCAGAGCAUGUGGGGACGGGAAUCAUGGGAAAAAUGGGGAACAAAGGAGGCGUGGCAGUGAGGUUUGUUUUCCACAACACUAGUUUCUGCAUCGUCAACUCCCAUCUAGCAGCACACGUGGAAGACUUUGAGCGCCGCAACCAGGACUAUAAAGACAUCUGCGCCCGGAUGACCUUCCACUUACUGGACUACCCCCCUCUCAGUAUCGUCAAGCACGAUGUCGUUAUCUGGCUCGGAGAUUUAAACUAUCGUCUGUUCAUGUACGAUGCUUCUGAGGUCAAACAUCUCAUUGCUAAGAGCGAGCUUAAAAAGCUUCAGGAGGUUGAUCAGCUGAACAUUCAGAGACAGACGAAGAGAGCCUUCACAGACUUCAUGGAGGGAGACAUCAACUUCAUUCCCACUUAUAAGUACGACCCCAAAACUGAUCGAUGGGACUCAAGUGGGAAGUGUCGUGUCCCGGCCUGGUGUGACAGAAUCUUGUGGAGAGGCAACAAUGUCAAGCAGCUCAAAUACCGAAGUCACAUGGAGCUGCAAACUAGUGACCACAAGCCUGUCAGCUCCCUCUUCAGCAUCGGGGUUAAGGUGGUGAAUGAGGAGCGCCACAAAAAGGUGUUUGAGGAGAUUGUGCGAGCGAUGGACAGAAUGGAGAACGAUUUCCUUCCAUCCGUAUCUCUGAGCAGAAGAGAGUUCACAUUUGAGAAUGUGAAAUUCCGGCAGCUUCAGAAGGAGCGUUUCCAAAUAACAAACGACGGGCAGGUCCCCUGUCACUUCGCCUUCAUCCCCAAACUCAAUGACUCGCAGUAUUGCAAAGCUUGGCUCCGUGCCGAGCCAAGCGAUGGAUUCUUAGAGCCAAAUGAGACGCUGGAGAUCUAUCUGGAGGUGUACGUCAGUAAAGACUCCGUCACGCUGCUGAACUCCGGAGAGGACGCCAUAGAGGACAUUCUGGUGCUCCAUCUGGACCGUGGCAAAGACUACUUCAUCACCAUCUCUGGCAACUACCUGCCUAGUUGCUUUGGUACCUCGCUGGAGACUCUGUGCCGCAUGAAGAAGCCCAUCAGAGAGAUCCCCAUCACCAAGCUCAUUGACCUGGGAGAGGACAGCUUCAUGGAAAAGGAAAAGUCAAAGGUGAGCUUCCUGAUGGACGGUGCAGGGACGGAGGACAAACCUCUAAAGAUCCCCAAAGAAGUGUGGAUUCUUGUCAACCAUCUCUUCACCAAGUCCUGUGAUCAGGAGGAUUUGUUCCAGACACCGGGCCUGCAGGAGGAGCUGCAGAGCAUCAUCGACUGUCUGGACACCAGCAUCCCCGACUCCGUCUCUGGUUGUAACCACUCUGUAGCCGAGGCUCUGUUGAUCUUCUUGGAGGCCUUGCCGGAACCAGUGGUGUGUUAUGAACUCUACCAGCGGUGCCUAGACUGCGCCCACGACAGCCGCCUCUGCAAACAGUUGAUCUCCCAGCUGCCCCGGGCUCAUCGCAACGUGUUUCGCUACUUAAUGGCCUUUCUGAAGGAACUUCUCAAGCACUCACACAACAACAACCUAACAGCCAGCCUCAUAGCAACGCUCUUUGCGAGCCUCCUCAUCCGACCGCCUCCCAACAUGGUGGGCAGGCAGACACCAAACGACCGGCAGAAAACCAUCGACUUCGUUCUGGGUUUCCUCAUGGCAGGAGACGAGGAGUAACCGAUGUCAACAGUUUUUCGUGACGUCAGUCGGGUUUGGAGUCGAUUCCCGACCUGACGUCCUGCUGGCAGCGAGCCUGGACCUGCAGGAGACUGUUCAGCAUGAUCCACUUGGUAUUUUUGUCAUCUGUCUGGAGACCAGUGCAGCAGUUUUGCACCCCACCAUUCACAAACUCUCACGUUAGAGGAAGACUUAUACUAGAACUGUGACGAUGUUACCAAGUGUCAAAUCUUAGUUCAUUCACAGAACGACCGCUCGCUGCACCUGGAAGCACCUGGGAGAGGUUUGAACUGAUGCCUACGCACUUUCUGAUGACAUGAAGGCCCCGAGCCUCCGGACUACAGUCGUCCUCAGCUGGGCCUUCUUAUUGUAGGUGCUCAUGCCAAAAUAACCGUGAGUGGUAUGAAUGUGAAAACACUAUGUAUCCUGUAGAUGCUAAGAGAGAGACUCGAUUACACUAAAGAAAAGGAAGAAUUCCUUAAGUUUUAAGAAGUAGACUGAAUACUAGUACAAGGUUUAAAGAAUUAAAUCGAUCAGAAUGGGAUAAUUGUGGGAGUGUAUAUAUUAAGAAUGUUUAAGCUUAAGAUAAAUCACGACAAUCAUCCAUUCUGCAGCAUUUUAACUGAGGGGGGAAUAUUAAAAACAAACAUUACUCAUUUUACCUGUUAUUUAUAUUGUUUUUCAUCUAAGUUUGCACCAAUUUUUCGUUCCUACUACAAUUUUUAUUUUCCGCUCUGCAAUGGUUGUAAAAUAUGUCAAUGGAAGUAUUCAUAGCUCGUUUUUACCGUGUUGUUUAAAAAAAAAAAAACACACAACAAAAAACACGUGAAUGUUUGCCGUGUCUUUGUGUAACUUCAGCCGUGAACCUUACAUCUGCCAGUUCCUCUUGAGUUAUAAAACAAGUCUGUUAACACACACUAACUUCCUGGUCCACCAGUAUUGAGUGAAGAGUCGCCCUCUGAGGUUCUCGAUGUCUUAAAUCGUGUAAAUACUUACUGUUUCGGUUGUGGGUAUGGUGGUGCAUAUCUGUGCUGGUGUCUGCUGUUCGUCAUGACGGUGGUACUGUUGAUGUCUGUGUUUGUUUACAUGUCCCUCUCCUCACUUCUGCCUCAUUGUCUGAUGUUGAAGGCCACGUUGUUCCUCCUGGUGAAUGCAGAUGAGUAAUUUUCCUGUUUUUAAGUGAUGCAGCAUUUUCUGGGGUGCAAGUUUAGUAAGAUUUAAAGGCUCACUACUCUGCAGGCUACAGUCCGUCUUUGUCUUUGUGCCACAGAGGAGGUUUUUUUUUUGUUUUUUUUUGUUUUUUUUUGUUCUGCAGUCACUGUUGCAUAACAUGUCAUGGUUAUUGAAAUAAGGAACUGCUCUGCUGUGUAUAAUGAACAGUGUUUCCUCUUUUAACAGUUGUACCCAAGAGAUGUCAGCGAUAGCUCUCCCACCAGACAAAAACACACUCACAUUUAUGACAUACAUUUUUUUCCUUAUUCAGUAUCUCCUGCGAUGCCGGAGACUUCAGAAAAUUUCCUGUUAGGAGACAAUGUGACAACACCGACAAUCAUGGCUCUAUUCUCGUGUAGUUUCUUCUGCCUUAUUGCCAUCAAAGCACCAGAUUCUUCUCAAUCCAGCCGAGCUUUGCCAAAAAUGUGGCUUGGGCCUAAAAAGAGUAUUCCCUGGUGAUUCAGAUUUGGGGAUUUAUUAGCCGUUUGGCACCACCUUCACCAUGUCAGACACAGAAUCAAUAUAAUCAAAGACCCUGUUCUGAUACUCUGUGUCGUCUUUAUGCCACUGUACUAGCUGAUGUAUUUGUAUGGAUUCGUUGUGCUUUUCGUCUUCGGUUCUGUCACAAUCUGUCCAUGAAACUUAAGGUACGUUUAAAGGUACGCAAGGAAACACUUGCACCUGUUUUCAACUUUUCAGAUUUUUGGUGCUUUUAAUUUAUUUAACAGAAAUAAAACUGUAUAAAGCUG